AUGGAUGAAGCCAACCUGGCUGUAAUGAAACAAACAAAAGCUCCAAUAACUGAAUGGAAGGGCAAGAGAUCUGGGUACAAGUUCAAAAAAGGCCAUUCAUUUGUUAUGAACAAGAAGCAAAACACGGGAUCUACUAGCAGCUCAAGUCAGAGUACUGGAUCUACACAUGUUUGUUCAGAAUGUGAAAGAAAACAUAAGAUUGUUUAUUAUCGUGCUUCUAGUGCGUGCUUCUGGUGUGGCAAGCUUGGCUACAUGAUGAAGGAUUGCCCACUCACAGCUAAAAAUGCCAACCGUCCUAUGGCAAGUUUGGCCGGAUCCAUUUCUGCACCAAGAUCAAAUAUAAGAACUAAUGCUAAGAGAAAACCCUUGAGACAAGGUAGAGUGUUUGCACUCGUGCCCGGCGAUGUACAGAACACUAAAUCUGUGGUGUCAAGUAUACUCCCUAUUUGUGCUCAAAAUGCAUAUGUGUUAAUAGAUUCUAGUUCUACACAUUCAUUCGUGUCGCAUGCUUUUUUUCGCAAAUUGACUAGAUCACUAGAACCCAUGAAUUACUUGUUAGCUGUACCUACACCUUCUGGGGGUACUAUGAUGUGUGCCUAUGUGUAUCCUGCGUGUGAUGUCAUGGUUGGAGAUGUGUUAAUAUACGUUGUUUUGCUGCCUUUAGACAUUGCUCAUUUUGAUUGCAUAUUGGGUAUAGAUUGGUUGACUAAGUAUUGUGCAACUAUUGAUUGCGUGAAUAAAUCUAUUGUCCUCCGACCACCUGGUUUAUCUAAAUUCGUGUUUGCUGGGAAUGGGAUAGUUCUACCUCCAUAA